GCGGGCGGCGCAGAUUCCUCUGUCUUGGCAACUCUCGCCCUUUUUAGUAUCACACAUGCAAAGUUGGGGCUGAGGGACGGGGGGAUCGCGCAGGGCUCCGCGGCCGGCGAAAGAGCGCCUGGGUCGUCGGGGUUCCCCCCUUCUGUCGGAAGGGAGCGGCAGAGCAGCGGAGGAGGGAUGGCCGGGGGAGGCUGAGAGGCGCUGGCUGGGGCGUGUCAGGGAAGUGGCAAGUGGUGGCCCGCAGGACCACGGGGGCGGCGGGGCACCCGAAUUUGUUGGGUCUUCCUCUGCCGGGGGCCGCUGCUCCGUGCGAUCUGGUGGUCGCUCCAGGCGGGACAGGGUUCGGUCCCCUUGGCAGGCGCCUGGGGAACAGCUGGGGUUUGCCUCAAGUCGCCGCCGGUAGUUGGAGGGCAAGCGGCUCUGGUCUGGUGCUUUUUGCGGCGUGGUGGCGAAUUCUGUCUCCUAGGCAGAGUCACUCGUGACUUGUGGGUCGAAAAGGAACCGUCAGGAAGAGAACUGGGGGACGAGGUCCACUGGCGUUUUGUGGAGCCGACCCGAAGAGAUGAGAUGGGCCGGGUUUCCUUUCAAGGCUCCGGGGCUUUUACAGACUCGGAAGUGAGGUAGUGACGAAGACCCUGUUUCUUCCACCGGAGGGCUGAAGUUUCUUCUCUGGGCAUUAAGAAAGUGAAGUCAAAAGAACUCGGGUUUUGAAAAGUCACUCAUCCUCCCCUUCGCCUAGAUUUGGUAAAACCAGGCGUGGCGAGGGAAGGGCGGAGGCGCUCGGGGCAAGGGAAGCUAGAAAAGUUUGAGACGCUACCUUAGGAAAAGGACUUUACGGCUUACAGUCGCUGUCGGAGUUCAGGGGACUUAUUUUUUAGGCUGUGUGGAGCCAGGGCAGAGAUUUAGACAGCAACACCCUGUUUGUUUGUUUGUUUGUUUGUUUGUUUGGGGUGGGAGUCAGGGAGGAGGAGACCUUUGCCGGGCCGCUCUGGAGUUUGCGGGGGGUCCCCGGCCGGCCUCCUGGCGCUGCGCUUCCCGGCGGGGAUGGAGCUGAGGUCCGAGCUGCCCGGCGUGCCCUCCUCGGCGCCGGCCUCGGUGCCGCCCAGCUCGGUGGCCGCAGCAGUGGCCGCGGCGAGCCUGCCGGUGAGCGUGGCGGGGAGCCUGCUGCGGGGGCCGCCGCUGCUGCUGCGGGCGGCCGAGAAGUACCCGCGCACGCCCAAGUGCGCCCGCUGCCGCAACCACGGCGUGGUGUCUGCGCUGAAGGGCCACAAGCGCUACUGCCGCUGGAAGGACUGCCUGUGCGCCAAGUGCACCCUCAUCGCCGAGCGGCAGCGCGUCAUGGCCGCCCAGGUGGCGCUGCGCCGGCAGCAGGCCCAGGAGGAGAACGAGGCCCGCGAGCUGCAGCUGCUCUACGGCACCGCCGAGGGCCUGGCCCUGGCCGCCGCCAACGGCAUCAUCCCGCCCCGGCCCGCCUACGAGGUCUUCGGCUCGGUGUGCUCCGCGGACGGAGGCGCGGCGGGCUCAGAGGCCAAGCUGCAGAAAUUCGACCUGUUCCCGAAGACGCUCCUGCCCAACCGGGCCGUCACUCCAAGCCAGCAGGUCAAGUGCUUGUCGCCGGACGGGGCGGACGGCAGGCCGGGCCCCUCAUCGCCGGAGCCCCCCAGUCACGGCUGCGCCUCGGGCUCGGAGAACGGGGACGGCGGCGAGUCUUCGCUCGGCUCGCCCGCCUCGAAGGGCGCCAAGGACGGCGGCGGGGGCGAGGAGGAGAGCGCGGGCUCCAUCAGCCCCCUGGGCUCGGAUUCGGGCUGCUCCGAGGCCGAGCGGGAAGAGAGCGGCGCACCGUCGCCCGGCCUGGCCGCAGCCGUGGUGGCGGCCGGGGGCAGCAGGGGGCAGCGGACGCCGCUGGACAUCCUGACACGUGUCUUCCCCGCGCAUAAGCGCAGCGUGCUGGAGCUGGUGCUGGCCGGCUGCGGCGGGGAUGUGGUGCAGGCCAUCGAGCAAGUCCUCAACAACCACCACCACCACCACCUGCAGCAGCAGCAGCAGCAGCAGCAGCGAGCAUCGGGCGUCGGCGUCGGCACCGCCGGCCAGGCUCUGGCGGCCGCCUCGGGACUGGCCUCGGCCGCCGGGGCAGACAAGGCGGGCGACGAGAGCUGGGCGCGAGCGGCCGGGGACGCGCCAGGGACGCUGGGCGGCCUGCAGCCUUCGCCCGCCGGCGCCGCCGCGCACCACCGCCCCCUGCUGGCAGGCGCCAUGACGCCCGCUAUCGGUGCGCUCGGCAGCCGCUCGGCCUUCUCGCCGCUGCAGCCCAACGCCACGCACUUCGGGGCGGCGGCGGCGGCCGAGGCCAGCGCUUACCCGCUGGGCACCCACCUCGGCCUGAGCCCGCUCCGCCUGGCCUACUCGGCGGCGGCGGCGGCGCACAGCCGCGGUUUGGCCUUCAUGACGCCUUAUUCCACCGCCGGGCUCAUGCCCACGCUGGGCUUCCGGCCGCCCGUGGAGUACGCCUUCAGCGACCUCAUGCGGGACAGGUCUGCGGCCGCCGCUGCAGCAGCUGCCGCCGCCGCCGCCGCCGCCGCAGGCGCUCACAAAGAGCAGGCCUACCCCAACGGGAUCUACGGGCCUCUGGUUAACAGCGCCCCGGAGAAGCAGUAGACCCGCGCCCCGCCGCCCGCUAGGCAGAUUCACACGCACGCACACACACACUUAUACAUGUACAUAUCUAGCCGGCUGUAUAUACGGAGAAAAUGACUUUCUUUCCAUCUUGGCAACCGGGACCUCCUGGGCGCUGCUUUUUGACUAGCCACCGACCAAGAAUUGUUUGUCGCAGGAUCGCAGCAGAUAGUAAAUCCAAUUGACGCGCCUACGCUAAACGCGUCACUUGCAAAUAAGUCCAUAACUGCAAAUCAGUAAUGUCACUUCCCUUCCUUUCGGACGCGAGAGGAACUUUCGCUUUCGUUUCACAUUGUAACUUUAAAAAAGCUAGCCAUUUAAUGGACGUUUAGCGAGCGGGUGGUGAUUUUACAAAAGAUGAGAGCUCGUGUCAAGAGCGCACAUGUUUUCUAACACUCCGCAACCUCUGCCUGGAGCACUUCCGUUCAAGCUUUUCCCUACCUUGCUAAGAUUUCAUUUCAACUCGUGGGUUGGAACGAACAGUAGACAAAUACGAGACGGCUUGAUAAACCUCUAGGUGACUAAAAUAUCUUUUUUCUUGAUAGGAAGGUAAAGGGUCACUUUCAUUGUUAAAAUUGUCAAUCAUUUUUGAAAAUAUGCCCAUAAGCAUGGAUAUUUCUCUUUGUACGUUGUGAGAUUUUAUAUAUAUAUGUACACACUCAUACAUAUAUAUGUAUACAAGGAAAUGUAUAGUAUAAUGUUAUAAAAUGGAAAUCUAAGUUAUUAAUGUAAUUUGUAGGUGAAUUUAGUAUUAACGGUAAACUAACAGGUUAGUCAGUUUUCAGUUUAAAACGUUCCAAGUAUAGAAAUUAAAUAUAUUGUAAAUGAUUUUAACACUUUUUAUUCUCCCAUUGGGGAAAAAGACUAUUUGUAAAUAAGGAUGAACAGUAGAUAUAUUUGUACUUGUCCUUUGGACUUAGUUCAAAACCUUCUCUUUACACUGUUUUAAUGAGUGAUCUGCAAGAAACAAAAUGCUGUCUGGCUUCAGUGUAGCAAAUUUCUUACUGUUUCAUACAGUUGCUGUCAUUUUCUCCUAUGUUCCAUUUCAUAGAAAUCCUAGAAAUAAAUGUUAUUUUGUAUUAAA